AAAAAAAACCAAUCAUAAAAAGGGAUCCUCCUCCAAUACCUCACCAUUUCAAAGAACCAAAGGGAGAAAGAGAGAGGAAGUGUGUGUUAGUCAGUGGCAGUAGUGAUGUAUGUAACAAGGCCCCUUUCUUUAUACAGGAAAUCGCCAAAUGCCCUUGAAGAUGAACCACCUGCAGAAGGCCCUUAUUCAGGUUAUUUAGUGAUUACAGAUGAAGAGGCUGAGGAACAAGACACCUUCUGUUUCGGGGCUAUUAAGAGGAAGGCUGUUGAAAAGCUGCCUUUCCCACAAGACAAGAUGUUGAAUGUUGUUCAUUCAUCGGAGGUUGAGGAAACUAUGGUCACUAGGGUCUGGUUUAUUCCUGUUCUUGAUCAGCCUCUUUCUUCUAAUCACUACUAUGUUAUUCGAGCCAAAGGCAGAUACAAAGGGCUAGCAUGUACAAGUUCAAGGGAGAUAGAUACCAAACUAUGUUGUUUCUUCAAUAAUGGUGUAAGUGAUGCAAAACCAAAACCAUUUGAUCACCGAAACGUAUAUCAACAGUUCAAGAUCCAUCGUCACCAUAGGCACAGCUUCUUCGCUAAAUCCACCGCUACAGAUUCAGUCCCACCAAAAUUUUUAAGGAGAAAUGGAUGGGAACUUCGUAUCUCGCUCUCAUACAGGUUACAACUAAACCAAGCACUAGGCCUCGACUCAUCUCUCCGAAAACGCCUCCCCAGUUUCGAUUUCCCCAUGUACAACAAGAAGUCACCUUCAGUUGUCAUCGGACAAUGGUACUGUCCCUUCAUAUUUAUAAGGGAAGAGUCGAGACUAAGGCGACAAAUGAAGAAAUCACUGUUCUACAUGAUGACACUGGAGCAAUGGUGGCAACAGAUUCAUUCAUGCGACAAAGUGAACGAUGAACAAACUGAGGUGAAGAUGAGUAAAAUCGUGAAAAGGGAAUUCAUUUCUGUGAAUGGUAUGCUUGGUGAGAGAGAAGACACGGUUGGGCAAGGAGGGUUUUGGUGGUUCAAAACUUUACCGAGAAACGAUGGCCGAAAGAGCAGCAGUGUUGGGUUGAGUUUAGCUAUAAUGGAGAAAAUGAAAUGGUUACAAGAGGAAGGAGGAUGGUAUAAAGGAGAUGAAAGUGAAGUGAGGGUUGAAAGAGAAGAAGAAACAAGAAGUGAAGAAAGUGGUGGGUGGAGAAGAUAUGCUUGUUAUAUGCUGGUGGAGAGCUUUCAUUUGAGAAGAAUGGAUGGGAGUUUGGUGCUAAGAAGUGAUUUUAGGCAUACUCAAAAGAUUCGAUCUAAAUGGGAAUGAAUGCUGUUGAUAUGUUAUCAGUUAAUGAAGCUUUAAUCUACGGCUUAAUUGGGUUCAUCUUCUUGUAUGUUUUAAAGUAUUACAUGUUCGCUCUAAGAGCUGGGGGAUACUGGAAGCAGUUGUAAUUAUCUAUCUAUGUUAUCCCCCAAGAAUUCAUACUACUCCAUGAAUAUUUUGAAAGCAAAAUAUAUUAUGGUUUUGCCAUUUCAGAUUUA